CUUACACUGCUCUUAACCUCAUCCCUUCACUACCAAAGUCUAGCAUUGACUCUUCGCUCACGUUGCUUUCUCGUCAAAUCCAGCGUGAGUAGACCGGCAACCACUAUGCUGGGCUAUACCUGCUCUCACUCCACAGAGAUCAACGUGGACUAUCUGCCUUUUAACGACUCAUACACUAAACAGCUCAACAAGACCUUGCCCAUGGAGGCUUACACUAUGCAGCUCUGCGACUCUUUCUGGAUGCUUUCUGACUCUUCCCACUAUCACCCAGAUGCGUCUUUUGGGCUCCCCAGGGACGUGAUACCCGAGCGUCAAGCGGUUCUAACGGCCGACCUCCCCGCAGCAGUCGACGCGAAGGCAGGCUCGUAUCAAGCACUGCCCUUCGAUCAGGCUAUCGUCACGUAUUUGGACCAAGGUCGGGCGGAUGUUGUUCACGAGGCUGUGCCAAACACGUCUUUCGGGGCGAGCUGUGUGUCUCAGCCAAUGAGGGCGCCUAUGUCCUCGCGCUGCGGCGACAGACUGCAGACCGCCUGUGUACAGUCACCAGAGGUUUGGCUUCACUAUUCAGAGCGCGAGUCUUCUCUGCUCGGGUUGUCCAAGAUUGAGCCUAAGCUUGAGCAUCCAAAUGGGAAAAAGGGUCGACCGCAACUUAAUCGAAAAUCGGACAGCGCAUCAGCGGGAUAUCCAAAUACAGAUCGUAUGCCACACAACAAAGUUGAGCGUAGGUACCGCGAAGGCUUGAACGCAGGGUUCGAGAGAUUGAGGAGGGCAGUGCCGAUGCUGCUGCAAAGUAAUAAUGGCAGUGUGAUGGGCCAGCCAAAACCGAGUAAAGCUAUGGUGAUUGCUGGCGCUAUCAACUACAUCGAGAAGAUGGAGCAGGAAGGACGUGUGCUGCAGGAUGAAAAUGAUAGACUUCGCGCCCGUUUAUAGCUGGACGGGAAAGCGAUGGGAAAGAGGCUACUAGAACUUGUUCCAAAACAAUUGUGGUGAGUAUCAUG